UCAGAGAAUCCUUAAAGCGUGGAUAAGAGCCACUCCACAGAUAAAUUCUCUCUCAAAAUCUCAUCCUCACAGUUCUUUGGAGGUUGCAAUGUCGCUAAAUGCGCUGGUGAGACUCUCUCUGUCGAGUACUUCGAGAACCCACCACGAACCGGUCGAUGGGUUAGUGAAACACUCGUUGUUCAGUUCGAAAACGGCGCCUUUGCGGCUGCCGCAGAGCCGGAGACAGCGCCAUGGGGGAGGGAAGUUGUGGUCGAAGCUAAAGGGAAGAAAGGGAUGGCGGCGCGUCAGUUCCAAAGGCCAUCGCCUCCUCCUUUGCCUAAAAUUGAAGACGAUGGCAACCCUCGAUUUGUCAUCUUCAUACGCAUGGCCAAUGUUAAUCUUUGGUACCCGCUUAGUAUUAUAACUGGUGGCACCACGGCAAAUAUCAUGGUUGCAGCAAAGGACAAUUUCCUCGGAAAAUACAUCUACAAGGAUACGCUUUCCAGAAAUCUCGCAGCAGUUAUUUACAGAGAUGAGAAGGCGAUGCAAAAGACAGCAUUUAAACAAUUCUGAAUUUUGCAAUCUGCUACUGAGUUCAGAUAAAGUUUUU